AUGAAAUUAGGAUAUAAUGAAAUAAUGAUUGUCUCGAAGUAUUUUGAAGAUAUUAAAGAUUUUAUUAAUUUAGAAAUUGGAAUUAAAAGAUUUCAAGGAAAUAUGGAACAAUUUCAUUUUAAUCCAAUUCCAUUGAAUCAAUAUUCAAGAAAAUUGUUUCCUAAUAUUGAAACAUUUCAUAUUUAUAAAAAAGAAAAUGAAAUAUUUGAAGAUGGAAGAAUAAUUAAAUAUAGAAAAAAAGAAAUGAAUGAAUAUAAAAAUAUUGAAUAUACACGAAAAUAUAGAAAUAUAUUUGGAAAUACAAUACAAAAAGAAGUUAAUUCACUUGGAAUUAAUUGUUUUUAUGAAUGUAAUGAUAUUCAAGAAAGUGAAAUACCAACAAGUGUAAGUAAAAUAGAAAAUGGAUGUUUUUGUGAAUGUUCAUCAUUAAAAACAAUUAAUAUACCAUCAUCAAUUACAUCAUUUGGAGUUGGAUGUUUUUAUCAUUGUGGAUGUGAAGAAGAAUUAAAGAAGAAUAAAACAAUACCAAAAAAUUGCUUUUAUAUAUAA